UUUGAAUUUUUCUGACAGUUUACAUUUGUGAAAGAGACCAUCAGAACAUUCAUAGUGACUUCUCGUGUCAAAAGCGUUAUGAUUUAAUCACAGAGCAUCAUAUAGUAAAAUAUGAAACUUGCAGAAAUGGGUGUAAGUCUCAAUUUUGUUACUUGUGAAUAAACUAUGAUGGGGUUCUCAUAUGAGAAACGCCCUCUGAAACGACCACGACUAGGUCCACCAGAUGUUUAUCCACAAGAACCAAAACAGAGAGAGGAUGAACUGACAUCAACAAAUGUAAAACAUGGAUUUCAGACAUACCCACAGCUUCAAGAGGAAUUUGGAACUGCACGCACUUGUAGCAUUACUGCGUCAAAGGUGGGUGCAUACUUCAAUGCUAUACUCACAAAGAAAGAAGAAAUAAAUACAUUACCAGAUACUGGCCGGAAGAGACAGCAGAUUAACCCAAAAGACAAUUUUUGGCCAGCCACAGCUCGAACAAAAAAUGCUGUUGAAGCAUGGUUCAAAGACCUGGCUGGUAGUAAGCCACUUAGUAGUUUAUCAAAAAAGGCACCAAAUUUUAAUAAGAAAGAGGAAAUCUUUAUGAUGUUGUGUGAAUAUCAAGUUCCAAUGCUUCGUGCUGCCUGGUUUAUUAAACUAAGCUAUGCAUAUACUGUGGCUGUUUCGGAAGUCAAAAUCAAAAAACGCCAACUUCCUGAUCCUUCUCAAGAAUGGACUGGAACACUCAUCAAGUUCCUGAAGGAUCAAUUAACAAAGCUUCAAGAAUAUUAUCAGCAGUCAUGUUCAGGAGGUGGGGGUGCAGGCUCCACGCCGACAACAGCAAGCACUCAGCCAGGAGCUUCUCCUGCCUCUCAGACAUCGCAGUCACAAACUCAGGGCUCCUCUAUGAGUGAUGAACUACGUACCAACUUACGGCAGUGGCAUUACUGCGUGCAACUUGCCAAGUAUCUUUAUGAGGAGGGCCUUCUCGAACGACAAGAGUUUCUGCAAUGGGUGCUGGAACUUCUGGACCGCAUGCGUUCUUCGAGCAGCACAGAUGAUGGAGUUCUACGAUUAUUGCUUCCACUCGCUCUUCAGUACCUUGAUGAGUAUGUUCAGUCAGAACUCCUAGCCCGUCGAUUAGCAUACCUGUGCGCACGCAAAUUAGCACAGAUGUCACAGACACUGCCUGAUCCUGCAUCACCUGCUCUUGCAUCUCCACAGAGUCCCAGUAAUGUUUUGGUGCCCAGUACCAUUCAACCUGGUCUCAACCCUCUCACUGUUACUUUUAAUGAAUACAUGAAUUGCCCACAUCAUCGUGAUAUUGUGAUGAGUCUUAGCGCAAUACUACAGGUCAUCACACUUGAAUGCCCCACAGCAUUAGUAUGGAACUGUGUGGGUGAGGGGAAGUCAAAUUCUAUGCUCAACGGAUCACCUCUUGACCAUUUAUUGUGCACUCCAUCUAUGCUUCCAAUGCCACAGAGAGCAAAUAAUCCAGAAGUAAGACGUCAGCUGAUGGCUGCCGAAGAGCAUGUGCGGCAACGAAGUCGAGCAGCGGAGGGCCGGUGGUCAUGUGACAAGUGGCAGCAGUCAUCUGCUGGUGUUACAACAGCAAGAGUCCUAGCUGCACUUGAUGCUCUUGACAGGCACAAUUUUGACCGUACUGAUAGCACUAACUGCCUUGAUACACUUUACUCUAAAGUUUUCUCACAGUCAACCACAGCAAAAGAUGUCCAAGCCAGCCCCAGUGUUGAUGUUCGAGAAGCCAGAACAGACAAUACAGCACAACAGGAUGAACCAAUUGUCCAAAUUCUUUGCGAGUGGGCAGUAAGUAAUAAGCGUUCUGGUGAACAUCGUGCAAUGGCUGUUGCUAAAUUGUUGGAGAAGCGUCAGAAUGAUUUGGUGUUAGGUGAUGCUGAUGGACCUGAUGAGAAAGAUUCCGUAUCAUCAGCAAAUGGUGCACCAACAGGACUUCCAGUUUUUCAAAAUCUACUCAUGAAAUUUCUGGAUAAUGAUGCCCCUGUUCUAGAUGACAACCCAUCAACUCAAAAUCGUGCAAUGUUCACAAAUCUUGUGCAUCUCUUUGCUGAAUUGAUCAGGCAUGAUAUCUUCUCACAUGAUGUAUACCUGUGCACACUGAUUUCUCGUGGUGACCUGAAUACUAGUGGUCCAGGCACUCACCCUCCUGGUACUCCACAUCCUACAAGCAACAAACCAGCCACUCCAGCAGAUGGUCGUACAGGACAUCCAAAUUCAAUGCUUCAAGAUGAUGAAAGCUCUACAUAUGCCCCACCUGACCACGGUCGCAAUACUGAUUAUGAUGACAGGAAGAUAGAUGAUGAACUGGAUAAGCUGUUGCAGCACAUAAAAGAAGAGCAGCAGAAUUCUUUGGAUGCACCAGAUUCGCCGAAAGAUGAUGGAGUUCCUCACCUUGUAGUGCCUCCACCUAUGUCAUCCGUAACUCAUACAGAAGCUACAGAUGUGGGUGGUAUAGAAUCUCAAUCUCGUCAUCUUUUGUAUACUACUCACUUUCCUCUACCUCAGGAUGAACCAUUUAGUAUGCAUGAUUGCAAUCAGCGCCAUGUCUUGCUGUAUGGAGUGGGAAGAGUCCGUGAUGAAGCCAGGCAUUUGGUGAAACGCAUGACAAAGGAGAUCUGUAAGCUAUUUAGCAAGAAGUUCAGCAUUGAUGUAGCUGAAGGUGGUAAAGUGAAGAAGCAUUCCCGUGGAGAGUUCAAUUUUGAAGCAGUGACAGCCAAAGUGCAAAGUAUGUCAUUUUUUGAUCAACAUGCAGUCACAUGGCAGUGUGCAGUAACUGUUAUUGAAAUGCUGAGUUCUUUUGCAAGUGGAAAUUCUAAUUACUUACCAGUGCAAGAACAUGUGGCAUUUUUGUUUGAUCUAAUGGAAUUGGCCUUAAGCAUUUACAAUCUCAUUGACGUGUGUAUUCAGAUCCUCAAGGAGUUACCAGAAGUGGAAUCCCAGCUUGCAGCAAAGGGCUCAAAUCUUGUUCGGAGUUAUACAACUUCACUCAGCCUGUAUGUUGUUGGAGUAUUGCGUCGUUACCAUUCUUGCCUUUUGUUAUUUCCAGAACAGACAACAGCAGUAUUUGAAGGUCUUUGCCGCAUUGUUAAACAUGUUACGAAUCCAGGAGAUUGUUCAUCAGCAGAACGAUGUGUCUUAGCACAUUUGUAUGACCUGUACUCAACUUGCAGCCUACUAAAGUCAAAACCUCAUAGUGUGGAACCAUUCGGCAACGCAUAUCCAAAAAUUCGCCAGGCAUUGUAUUCAUCACUUCAACCAUCAACACCAAGCACAAUGAUUGUCUGCAACACACAGUUUAUGGUGGAAGUGCUCAGUAAUCCACGCAGAGGAGGUAAAAUUGAGCCUCAGUGGGCUCGCCAGCUGGCUGAAACACCAACAAACCGCUACAGUUUUGUCUGUAACGCAAUAGUGGCAGUCUGUAAUGAAACAGACAGUGACAGGCUUAAUGACAUUGCUGUGCUUUGUGCAGAGUUCACUGCAUGUUGCAAUGCCUUAUCUGCUGAAUGGCUGGGUGUGCUGAUGGCUCUCUGUUGUUCAUCUAACCAUUCUUCCCAUUUUGUUGAUGUCCUGACUCAGGUUGACAUUCGAGAUGUUGCGAUUCACAACUCUUUGGCUGUCUUUACAUCUAUUCUCAUAGCUCGACACUGUUUUUCAUUGGAGGAUUUUGUAGUGCAUAUUGCACUUCCAUCUCUUGUCACAGCGAGUAAUGAAGGUCAUGGUGAAGCUGAUGUUGGAGCAGAAGCUUGCGCUCGACUAACAUGUCACUUGCUUCUGCGACUCUUCAAGACUGUGGAAUGCCCUCAGCCAUCUUUGUAUUCAGUUGGAACAUCACCACACCCAAUGCCACCAUCUGGGGGUAUAGGUUACAAUAUUCACCUGAGCUGUGACAGGCAUCUGUUGGCUGCUGCACACAACAAUAUACAUGUCGGUCCUGUCCUUGCUGUACUUAAAGCAAUACUUGUGGUGGCUGAUGCCACUGCUCGUGACUCCAAAAUGCUGAGCAAGAAGUCAGAUCAAGCACAACAGAGCCAUGGGUCUGUAGGAAAUAAGACUCCUGGGCAAGGUGGCAGUGCAGCUGAGUUAAGCAUCAGCCAUAUUUUGGGCACUAGUGACAUCUUAGGAGGUGGAGAUGACACAUUGAUGGAUUUGGCUCGAUCACUUACAACAUUGCAAGGUGUGUCAUCAGGUCCAGAAUCGGCUAACACUGGUCUAUCACACUUUGCUCAACAUGUAUUACGUCAGAUUUGUUCACAACAGUGGGUCCUUGAACGUUGUUUACAGAAUCCUGAAGAAUUGUGUCAUCAGGAUAUGUUACUUGAUAGCAUGUUAACUCCAAAACAGGCUCAAAGAUUGUUGCACAUGAUCUGUUACCCGGAAACUGCAUCAGCCAAUGAAGACCUAGACCACCGACAGAUAAUUACUAGGAUUCUAGAGAAUUUGGACCUAUGGACACUCCGCAUGUCAUGGUUGGAUCUGCAGUUGAUGUUCAAGCAGUUUCCCAGCAACUCACCAGAAUUGAACCAUUGGUUGGAUACCGUUGCUAAAGCCGUCAUAGAUGUUUUCCAGUUGACAGAAGAUAAACAGCGACCACCAACUGUGCCUCAGCGCUCAGGAUCAAUAUGGUUGGUUGCACCACUUGUUGCUCGGCUACCCAGCGCUGUACAGGGCCGUGUGCUUAAAGUCGCAGGGCAGGUAUUGGAAAGUGGCAGCUGGUCAAAAAACCGCAGUGAAAAAGAGCGUAGCAGUGCAAGCACUACUCGAAGUUCUUCUCUUCUCAGCCAUCAGCCCUUCCUUUCACUAGUUCUCACAUGCCUUAAAGGACAAGAUGAUCAGCGGGAGGGUCUGCUGACAUCUCUUCAUUCACAGCUUUCACAGACAAAAGAAGAACGUCUAAUGAUUCUUGAAGAUCCAAAGGGCAGAGCAAUGAUGCAAGGAGCCUUGCAGCUGAGAUUCAGCCUUGUUGGUGGCAUGUUUGAUACAAUCCAACGCAAUACAACUGUAACAACAGACUGGGCAAUUCUACUUGUGCAGCUUAUCAGCUAUGGAAUCAUUGAUCUGAAUAAUAAUGCGGAACUAUUCACAACUGUUAUUGACAUGUUGGCAACACUUAUCCAUUCUACACUGGUAUCAGACAACCAGUCUGAAAAAGAUGAAAAUCGAAAACACUAUCAGAAUCUAAUGAAAAAACUAAAGAAGGAACUUGGAGAGCGAACAUCUCCAUCUAUCCAGCACGUGCGACAGUUGUUGCCCUUAACAAAAGUAUCAGCAGAAGUUGUAGCUUGUGAACCAAUGGGCUGUCUCACAGACACAAAGGGUAACAAAAUAACAGGAUUUGACUCCAUCGAUAAGAAACAGGGACUUCAAGUGGCUGAGAAACAACGUGUCAACCCUUGGGAUCUUCUCGAAGGCCAUAAAAAUCCUGCUCCUUUAUCUUGGGCUUGGUUUGGUGCAGUGCGCAUGGAAAGGAAACCGUUAUUGUACGAAGAUACACAUCGUCUUCUUAAAUAUCAUACACAUGCUAUUGCUUGGCCAGUAUCGUAUUAUCUUGAUGCUCCACCUCUGCCACCCGAAGACUUGGAACCACCACAGGAAAAACCAUUGAAGGAUGAGGGCAAGGCAGACACACCAAAUUCGGCGGACCAGUCACCGCGGGGAACUGGAGGCAAACGACCGAAGGCACAGCGCAAUCGGAGACGUGCUAAAGUUGGGCCAGGACAACCUGUUAUGGGAGCAAUUCAGCAGCCAGUUCAGCAGCCACAACCGCAGGUUCAACAUAUGAACUACCCAAGUCAGCCAGGCAUGUUUCCAUCCCAGCCCCAGUGGGGAUACAAUCAGCAACAGCAGCAGCAACAACAGCAGCAGCAGCAGCAACAGCAACAACAGCAGCAACAACAACAGCAGCAGCAGCAACAGCAGCAGCAGCAGCAACAACAACAACAGCAGCAGCAGCAGCAGCAACAGCAGCAACAACAACAGCAGCAGCAGCAGCAACAGCAGCAGCAGCAGCAGCAGCAACAGCAGCAACAACAUGGGUAUUAUUCGCAGCAGUUACCACCAGUAGGCGGUCCACGAUUUGAACGGCCUCUGAACCAAUCGAAGCAGGCACUGUCGCAGAUGUUGCGCAACCGUAUGCCUUCAACCCAAUUUAUGGGUCCCCAGCAGCCACCACCUGGCUUCCCACAAAUCAUGCAGCGCCAGCAAUUCAUCAGGCAGCAACUGAGAGCCCAGCAUGGGGGACCGGGUUUGCAGCCACCUCCACAACAGGGAAUGUUCCCACAGCAGCAGGGGCCACUGUACAGUGGUAUCCAACAAGGCAUGAAUCAAGGAUAUGGUGGCUAUGCUGGACAAGGUGCUCCUCAAAUGGUGACUCAGCAGCAGUUGAUGGGCCAGCAGCCACAAGGAAUGAUGGCAGGAUUCCAGGGUGGAGGCUUUGUAACACAGCAGCAGCAGCAACCACAACAGCCGCAACAAGCCCAGCAACAACCUCCACAGUCUAUGAUGGCUGGGCAGCGCACUGCUGCCGAUUACAUGACUGGUCCACAGGGUGCCCUCGCUGCACAACAACAGAGAGCUCUUGGGCAACCAAGUGCACGCCCUCCUUAUCUGCAGGCUCCAAACGUGACAAUGACAACUAUGGGUGGCCCAAUGGCACAGCAGGCCCAAGCACAGGGACAACCAGCUCCUCCAUAUGGCCGGACCCCAGGUGGCCCUGGUGCAGCCCAGGGCCCAGGACAACCACAUCCUUCACAGCAACAGACUCAACAGUUCCAGCAGCAAGUGGCUAACCAGCGGAUGCGGCAGCAGAUGAUGCAGCAGAUGCAGCAACAGCAGCAGCAGCAAGUGGCAGCAUCUGGGCAGCAGCAAGCUCAGCAAGGCCAUACACCAGCACUUGUGGCACAUUUGCAACGGCAAUUAGCACAGGGUGCUACUAAUCAGUAUUCCCAUCAACCCCCACCUUAUUGAACUACAUACAUAACAAAUUUUAUUGUUUUAUAUGCCGUACUACUGGCGAAGUGUAUGAAGAAUGGUGCAGGAAUGAAGGAUCAUUUUACCAUUACGUGUUCAUGACUCUGACGUGAAGUGGGAAUCAAGAAAAUUGUAGAUAAAGAAACUUGUUGAUGGAUUUUAAAUGUUUGCAGGAAUUAUGUCUGUUUAUGUACUGACAUUGUUUACAUUGUAAAGAUCAUGGUAUUUUAUUUUAUUUAUAUUUCUUGACAGUGAACGAUUUACUUCAACAAUAUAAACAGUUAUUGCUUCUGAUUUAUAUUAAGCAAACAGAAUUCUGAUGGCAGGAGGUAACAUCAUGCUUCAUAUUUAACUUCGUUGUAAGAAAAGAUUCACUAGGUCUUUACUUUGGAAAUUUGUCCUCUAUGAAGAAUUUACUUCAUUUUAGAAACGUCAGUACUGUCUUCCAUUUAAAGUAUCACUAUUGCAAAUUGCAACUGUACACUCAAGUGACACUGUAUUGUAGUUUGAGAACACAGUACUAGAUUCACAUUUGGGUAAACUCAGGUCAUUGUGAGAAAACACAUGUUCUGGUGACAGAAAUAAUUUAGAGGAGCAUAUUUUUGUAUAUAUGAAAAUUUUUCCCUCGCUACCUGAUUUAAGAAGCUAAGGCCUCAUGAAACAUUUAGGGAUGGAGAACUACUACUUGUGUGGAAGAUGUAAUGCCCCAGUCAGGACACUUGGGAAGUGGAACCUGUAGUAAGGAAAUUCUUCCAAUAGUGGCUUAUUAUUAUGAUUGUAAUUUACUUUUCCACUCAGUCUGUAUCAGCAGAUGUUGUAAGUAUGGACUCAAAACUGAAAACUUCAGUAAUCAGUGGGAAAAGCAAUGUACAUCAUCCUUUUCUGUGAUAGUGGAAACAGCUAAUACAUAUGAGACCUAACUUUUCAAUCUUGAUUAUCUUAAAACUGAAAAUAAUUGUUAUUAAACUAAGAACAAAGUCGUUACAAUGUGAUAAUUUUUUUAAAAAAAGGUUGUAUUUUGUUUUAUUGUGUUACGUGCACCACAUUAGGUGUGGGGGAGCUAUUAGUAGUUAGGACAGGGGCACUACAUGGAUAAAAGAACUUAUCCAGCUAUAUAGGCCAAAUUAUGCAAUAUGGUAAUUGUUAAAUGGAUGGAUAGUUCAGUUGUGUAUCUUAUUUCUGUUCAUACUGGUCAUCUCUAACAUUAAUUGAAUUGUAAGAGUUAAUUUUCUCACAUUUUGCAAUAAUGUGAAUGAAAUAGUGCCUGUCAGGAUAGAUCCUGUUUUGUUAAUUUUUCAACUAUCCUCUCUACUAUUUAUUUAAAAGCAAAUAGCCAUUCUGACACAUCUUAGACAUGUGUUAGUAGAAUUGAAAGGCCACUGCUAAAAUUUAUUCUCAUAUAAACUUGCAGUUCCCAGUCUUGAUUAAACCAGUCAGUCAUUCCAUUUGCCAAAUCAGUAAGUUUAAAUAUGUGUGUGGGUGUGCAUGCAAGUUUCUGUUUUAACAAUGCUGACUUGUUGUAAAUAUAACUGGAGAGUUAAAAAAUCUACUCACCAAGCAGCCAUAGGAGACAACACAUAUGAAAGUUAAGGAAAUGUGCAAGCUUUCGGACUCGGUGGCUCCGUCUUCUGGCAGAAGGGUUGAAAGGGACGAAAUAUGGAUCAAAGAAACUGACUGGGGAGGUUUAGGAAAUGGGGAGUUACAGAAAAGUCACUCAGAACCCCACGUCGGGGCAGACUUACCUGACAUGAUGAGGGAAAGACUGAUUACUACUUCUUCCCUUUUCAGCCAUUCAUCUUUGAAAUAAAAGCAUUUUGCUUCCUGGCAGUUUCCAGUGUGUUGGUCCAGUCCACAACUGUAGCUCCUCCAUAUUAAAACAAGAGCAUUCCAAAGGCUUUGUUGACCAAUGCUUUGUUUUAUCAAUAAUUCUAUCAAAUGGUCUCUCUGAUAUAAAAGCUGCUAAACCAACAGCUGAUUGGCUGUCAGCCUCUGCCUCUUUAUCAUCAGCCUUCUCAUCCCAUCUGGUAACCCUCCCGUGACCCAGCAUUCUGGAUGACUUUUCAAUCUCUCCCCAUUUCCUAAAUCUCAGCAGGUUUUUUCCUCCAUCCCUCUUCAACCCUUCUGCCAGAAGAAGGAGCCACUUGCUCUGAAAGCUUGCACAUUCCCUUAACUUUUAUGUGCAUUUUCUCAUGCCGCCACUUGGUUAGUAGAUUUUUUAUCUAUUGAAUUAUAUUUUCAAAAAUGGAUUAUUUUUGUUGACUUGUUGUAAAGUCAUUUUGAAGCUCAGACAUGUAUUUAUCAAUGUGACAUAUUUCUAGCAGUUAAGUACAUACAGUUUUCAAUGAAACUGUGUCAUUAUUGCAGUCUGUAUUAGCAAUACUAUUCUUUCUUUUAAAAAAUCUUUAAAUUUCAUUUGAGCUUUUUGAACUGUACUUCUGUCUUUAAAGCAUAACAUGAAACUGCUGUUGUAGAUUAUUCUCCAAAAUUUUCAUUGAAUCAUUUGCCUGUUUCAUUUAUCUGUAUGGCUUCAUUUGAUGACAUUUGUGUAGUUAUGUCAUUUAUGUGUUAGUAGUCAUAUAAUAAGAUCAGAGUCUACAUGGGGAAAAAGAGAAACUAAUAUACAGUGUCAAUAUACUGAUAGUUUCUUGUAUUUAAGUAAAUAUUUAUUUUCCACAUACAUUUAUCAAGGGAUCAAUUUGUAACAAAUUGAGUAUGUUGUUAAGGUCACAGAAUAUUUAUUUUUUUCUAACCAGUUGUUCUAAAGCUGCAUAGCUAUCAAGGAAGCCAAGUUCAUACACUGAGCCAAGCCAGCAACUGAGCAAUAAGCCCUCCCGUCUUUUCAGUUAAUGUACAGAGUGUGCUAUAAGUAAUACAGCAGGUAACUUUGUUUCACAAGAUUUUUCUAAAAUAGGUAACGUGCUUUUGAGCAAGCUAUGUAUCAAAUCACAGCAGUUCCUAUGAUUAUUCUCUUAUAAUGGGGAAAAGUGCAAAUAAAUAAUGAAAUUUAAGAAGACCUUUUGAUGCAACAGAUCUCAAUGUCAAUUAAUAAAGUUCAAUGAAAGAAAACCAUUAAACUGUUCAUUGUACAACAUGUCAGACCUUUUAACAUAUUACUGCCAAUAAAAAUAUUUUUCUCUUUC